CGCCGAACCGCUUACGUAUCCGAUAAAUAAAUUUCUAUAAAUACGAGCCGUUGGAAGUAGCUACAGAGUCGAGCCAGUGCGAAUUUUAGUAUUAUAUAGUUUAGUUCGUGUAAGUUUCCAUCUUGCUAAACGUCUUAGUCACAAUGGGUAACACGCGCAGUGCACCAGAACACGAAGAGGAUGUGUGGUGGAGUAACAACAAAUCUUCAGUUGAUAAUAAAAGUGUGGAAGUUGUUGAACCAAUUGAAGAAACUCCAGCCGAUCGUCAGCAACGCCACAAGGAAGAACUGGACGAGUUCAAGCUAGAACUAGCGCGAAAGCACGAGAAACGUAGACAGAUAAUCGCCGAGAAACGGAAAGAAAUGCAGGAUUUGCGUGACGAAGUCAAGCGUUUGACGCAAGAAAACGAAGAAUUGAAGAAAACAUGCGGUCCGAACGACUUGGAAGAAAUCAAACGGAAUAAUCUCGAAUUGAAGAUGACAAUCGCGACACUACAGAAGGACAUCCAAAAUUUGAACAGUGAAGUUGUGGAUUUUGAAAAGGAGAGACAGGAUUACAAGGCCCACGUUGUCGCUCUGAAGGACGUUGUGAGUGUUUCCAAGCAAAUGUUGAUGAUUCGAGAGGCGCAACUUAAAGAAAUGCGCGAAAAAAUCAAAGAAAUUGAAGCCUCGUUGGCUGGAAAGGAACUGAAGGUUUUGUCGCAGGACUUGAAGGCUGAGUACGAAAAACAGCUGCAGAAUAUCCGUAACUUGCGGAUUUUCUACGAAGAGCGGCAACGCGCCGAUAAGAAACAGAAGGAAGAAAUGAAGAAACUGCUAGAAGAGGUGAAGAUUGAUUUACAAGACGAGAAGAACAAAAAUUCCGAGCUUGAGGAGAAUUUGGCCAGGCUUGAGGAAGAUAAUUCGAAGAAAUACGACGAGAUCAAAAGUCUUGAAUCAAAUUUGGGUUUGACCAAAGCUGAGUGUCGCCAAUACCAGGCCGAACUGUCCGUUAUAAAUCAAUUGUUCUCCCAAAUCCUCCUUGGUUUCAAAAACAACCAAGAGAUCGACAUCGACAAACUCAUCAAGCUGUUGGAGGAGAACCAUCACCUCCUCCAGGACAUUGCCGUGAACGAGGAGUCCAAUCAAGUGUCAGCUCUCCCGAAGGUUUUGUUGGACCUAGUGAGCGAAGUGAGCGACUCCAAGGACUUGGAGGAGGAAGAAGAAGCGUCAAAAACAAACCCGGAAACGCCCAAUCAGGUGAACAGCGCGUCUGAAAUUGUUGAAAAUUUGCCAAAAGUGUGGAAAGUCCUGAUUGAGCUUUUGAGUCAUCAGAGUGCCCCCACGACCUGUGACAACUCCACGAGUGAAAACCCCUGCUACAAGGUGGUGGAGGGGCCAAAGGGCCCCCACUUGGUCUUGAGCGUCAGCCAGACCUUUAUCCGACUGAAGAACUUGAUUAUGGAGAAAAAGUCGCUCGAGCGUGAAACCAACCGCCUCAAGCAGCUCAACACGCACCUGGAGGGCCGCCUCCAAGAGCAGGAGAAGCGCCUGGAGCUGGUCUCGCACGAGCUCUCCGAGACCUGGCACGUGGUGGGCAAACUCCAGAAGAAGCACGAACUCCUCCACACGCAAGAAAAAAUCCUCCGGUACGAACUUGCCCAAAAACGCAAACUCUUGACCGAACUCAAAGGCGAGCUGGAAUACAGCCGAGAAAAGUGGCAAGAAGCCAGAGAGAAAAACUCCAAUACGGAAAAACAAUGGGAACAGUUGCGAAUCGAGUUCGCUUCGCGUAAAAACGGAGGAGGCGAUGAUUCCAACAACAGCAUCGAGAGUGGCUACAGUGACGAUAAAGAAUCUUCGAGUGAAGAUGAUUUCGAAGAAAAGACAACUGACGCACGUGAAGAAAGAUUGCUGCGCUUGGAAAGCCAAUGCAGUAGCUUGGUGAAACAAGUGACGAGCACGACGAGUAGAGGGGAGGCCAUGGUCAGCAAACUAGAUGCGUUGCAUGCGACGUACGGGGAGGGGCGAGAGGAGGGGGAAACGUCCGAUGGGCGGGGCUCCGAGUAAAGUACAAACUUUUGUACAAAACAAGUAUUAUUGUGCUGUAAUAUUUUUGCAAUUGUUUUUAUAUGGCAAUACAAUAUUUUGUGUAAUUCGAAUAAUUUAAUAAAGUUGUGUAAAAAAAAUCAAA